UUUUGUUGUUGGUUGGUUGAUUUUUUGUUUUGUGUUUUUUUGCUCAAGUUGCCAGUGAGCUACUGCUCAGUUAUUCUUGUGCUAGAACAUUAAAUGGUCACAUUAAGUGGUGUAAUCUCCCAUAUUUCCAUAAGCAAGUAUAUUUGAUGCUUAUUUUGAUAAAAAUACGUGAUAAAAUCAUCCAGUAGGUGAAUAACACUUUAAACUUGUGCUUUUGGGUGGUACCACAGGCUCAAAAUUGGAUGUGUUACUGACAAGUCGAACUAAUUUGUGUGGGGGUGGUUUGGGGUUUUAAUUAGUGAGUAAAAGGGAUGAAGGUCCUUAUUUCUGAUGUGUCCUUUUUACAUCCAGAUAUGUCCCCUUUCAUCCUUUGUAUCCUUUCCCAGGCUGCUGGGAGCUCUGUGCUGGGUGCACUGGCUGAUGUUUCCUGGCAGUUUUUCACAGUUAGGCAUCCCCAGCAUCCCACACUCUGCUCAGUCUCACACUUUCCUCCACAGCUUCAGGCUCCCUGGAAUCCUGCAGCAGAGCCUCCAGCUUCCCCUGUGCUGUGGAAAACACAAUGAUCUGGUGAGAUGUAAGAGGGGAAAAUAAACCCACAUGGCAGCAGAAGGUUUUGCUUGCCCCUGUCCUUGGAAUGUUUUAACUUUAACCCUGCUGUGAGUUACCAGCUGACGUGUUUUACGUCCUCACUGGCAUCCUGCAGUACCUGGAAGGCAACUUUUUGGGGAUUUCCCUGUCACAGGAUACUCACUGUCCACAGCCACCUUGGGGCACAGGCUCUGCAGAAGAGGAUUUCUGAUGAAGGUGCUUCUCAGAGAUGUUAGGAGAGAUUUAGGAGGGAAAGUCCCUGAGGUGAGAGGGGAAAAAGGGUUAGUUUUCUCUCCCUGGGAGGGAGAGUGACUCUGAGAAAAGUGGUCUUGCAGGAAGGGUGUUCUCAGCACUGAUAAUUCUGCUGAUAAUAUUUGUAAGCUUCUACCUUUGAUUUCUGAUGGAUUAAAGGUGAGUUGUUGCUCUUGUGAUUCCUGCCUUGCAAAACAGGCUUUGUUCCCAUGCUUUUCUCCUCCACCCCAAACUUUGGCAGUUGUUUUAAGAAGUUAAAAAGCUCUUUUGAAAAGGGACAGUCCAGUGAGACACUUUGCUGUGCCAAAGGGGCUGGGCAGGGGUUUGUGCUCCCACAGAGAUCUUUUUUGCCUCAGCUCAUUCCCUUGCUCCCUGAGUACAAACCCUUCUCCCUGUUUUCUGCUGGAAUGUUUGAGGCUCUCAGACUUUAACCAGCAACACUUUUCCUUCAUUUCAAACUGCAGUUAAUAACUAUAGAAGGGUAAAACAUCCUAACUAAACCCACCCUUGCUCCUCACAGACCUGCUAAACACUGUUAAUGAAAUGAGUGACAAUCUAAACCUGCUACCAAGAGAAAAAUCAGACUUUUUUUUGACUCUUUUGCAGGUAACUAGUUCUAAAGUAGCCAACUUGCUGUAAAGCCCAAGGAUUACAGUUUUGACUCCUAAAUCCAUUUUCAGGGGUUUCAAAAGCAUGCAAGAGUUCAGAGACAGCCUUGCUCAUUCCUUUUGCUGAAAACAAUCCCAUGAGACAGGUGUAGCUUUAUUUCUGUGAGUGUGUUUCUGCCUGCUCUUUUAGGAACUGGAAUCUGGACUGUGGUCACCCAGGGCUGAGCAUUUGGCCAGAGGACACCUGGAGUUACACAGACCUUCCCAACCUUUUAGAGGACUCUUGUUAUGCAAAAUGUGUUGUUACUCCUGUGGCUUUGGCCUCAGGGGUUAGACAUAAUGUGAAGCUGAGGUCAGUUUUUAUGCAGGGUCUUGUUUCCAGCUGAAGUGAGGUGUGUUGCCUGCUCAGAAAGCAGCUGAGGAUCUUGUGCUCCUUGGUUUCAUGGGAAGGGAACAAUCCUCACUGUUUCCUCAGCAUUAACCACUUUGAAGUAAUUCGCUCUUGCAUUAGGCUGACAUUUUGUCAGCCUUGUUUAAUCACAUAAUGCAGUGUCCUCUGAUAUUUGUAAAUAAUAAAAUCCAAGGAGGGAGAGCCCGGCUUGCCCCUGAAAAAACAACUCAUAGUCAUUAGGGCUCAGUGGGAUUCACCCCCAGAAUUCAAAUUAACCAAGGCUGGAGAACAAAAGUAUAAGUAAGAGGGAAAAUAAGUGACAGCCAAGCUGAGAGGGAACAUACCUUGAAGCCACAGGAAACCAUGUUUUGGGUCUUGGACAUUCCCCCUCCUAGUUUAAGAACAACCCUGUGUGAUUGCUGGGGUAGGGGAUGGUUAUUAAGACAAGUUUAAGGUUGAUGUAUAUGUAAGACAGGUGCCAUGCAUAAGUCAGAAACUGGAUCUAUUGUAUUUCCACAGUGUUUUUGUGCCUUCCCUGGCUGGAUUUUGAUCUCUUCAACCUGCAUUUCCAGUGACACGGAGGCCCCUGGGUUGUGUGUGCUUGGGCCAGCUGGGAGAAUGUGCAAGGAGACUUUUCUGGACUUCACCUCCCUGUGAGUAUUUCAGAACGAUCCCUUAAAGUGUCUGGAGAGAACUUACAGGAAAGGCAGGGCAAGGCUGUUUGCAAGUACUGGCAGGACAAGGGGGAAUGGGUUCAAACUGAAAGAGGGUAGAUCGAGAUUGGAUAUUAGGAAGGAAUUCCUCCCUGGGAGGGUGGGGAGGCCCUGCCACAGGUUGCCCAGAGAAGCUGUGGCUGCCCCUGGAUCCCUGGAAGUGUCCAAGGCCAGGUUGGAGCAACCUGGGCUAUUGGAAGGUGUCCCUGCCCGUGGCAGGGGGUGGGACUGGAGCAUCCUUAAGGUCCUUUCCCACACAAACCAUCAUUCUGUGCUGGCACAGCCCGUUGCAUCAAGGCUGAGCACGGGGCGGUGCAGCAGCGCCGGAGGGGCUCUGGGGGGCUCCGGGGAGGCCGGUGCCGCAUCCCCCGCCCCGCCGGGGCAGCCCCGGGCCCGCCUUCGCCGGGAGCGCGGGGGGGCUGCGGGGAAGGGGCCGGGCCCGGGCGCCAUGGCGGCGGAGAGCCGGCGGAGAGCGGCGGGGCCGGGCCGGGGAUGAGCCCCCCGAGGCGGCGGUGAGCGGGCGAUGAACGGGUCGGGGCGGCUGCCGGCGGGGCCCGGGGAGCAGCUGGGCGCGAACGACAGCGGCCCCGCGGAGCUGCGGGAGGGCACCCACGCCGCCACCUUGGCCGCCUGCGCCUCCCUGCUGGCCCUCGUCUUCUGCCUGGGCUCCUACGGCAACCUCAUCGUGCUGCUCUCCUUCUUCGACCCGGCCCUCCGCAAAUUCCGCACCGACUUCGACUUCAUGAUCCUCAACCUGUCCUUCUGCGACCUGUUCCUCUGCGGCGUGGCCGCCCCCAUGUUCGCCUUCGUGCUGUUCCUGGGGCCGGCGCGCGGCGUGCUGGGCGCCUUCUGCUUCACCUUCCACCUCACCAGCUCCGGCUUCAUCAUCAUGUCCCUCAAGACGGUGGCGGCGAUCGCGCUGCACCGGCUGCGCGUGGUGCUGGGCCGGCAGCCUCCCCGCGCCGCCUCGGCGCCCCGCACGCUGCUGCUCACGCUGGGGCUCUGGGCCGCCAGCUUCACCCUGGCCACACUGGCCACGCUGCGCGCCCGCGGCUCCCGCCGCUGCCUGCCCGUGGCCAGCCUGGCCAGCGGCCGGGGCAGGCUCAUCCUCUACCUCUACAUCGCCGACUUCAUCUGCUGCGUGGCCGUGGUGGCCGUGUCCUACGUGAUGAUCGCCCGGGCCCUGCGCAGGAAUGCGCGCGCCAGGCAGGGCCCGCCCGUGCUGGCCGUGGGCACCCCCCGGCCACAGCCGGCCCUGUACCGGACCCAGAGCUGUGGGCAGGCCCCCGGACAGCCCAAGCACGCCGGGCGGCUCCCGCUGGCGUCGGCCGUCAACCUGGCCACGGCCAAGGACUCCCGGGCCGUGGGGACGUGCGUGGUCAUCGUGCUCUCCGUGCUGGUGUGCUGCCUGCCCCUGGGCAUCUCCCUGGUGCAGGAUGUGCUGUCCGGCAGCGGGGGCUUUGUCCUCUACCAGUUUGAGCUGUGUGGGUUUACCCUCAUUUUUUUCAAGUCUGGGUUGAAUCCUUUCAUCUACUCCCGCAACAGCGCGGGGCUGCGGCGGCGCGUCCUGUGGUGCCUCCGCUACGCCGCCCUCGUCUUCUGCUGCUGCAAGCACAGGACCAGGCUCCAGGCCAUGGGCAAGGGCAGCCUGGAAGUCAACAGGAACAAGUCGUCCCACCACGAGACCAACUCGGCGUACAUGCUGUCUCCGAAGCCUCAGAAGAAGAGCCUGGAGCAGGCCUGCGCUCCCAGCCACUCCAAGGACAGCGUGCUGAGCCCCAGGGCUUCCGCGGGGCACCAGCACUGCGGCCAGAGCAGCUCCACCCCCAUGAACACCCGCAUCGAGCCCUACUACAGCGUGUACAACAGCAGCCCUUCCCAAGAAGUGAGCACCCCCAACAGCCUGCAGCCGGUCAGCUCCACCUUUGGCUUUUCCAAGCCCUACGUCGCCCAUCCCACCCCCGGCGUGGGCCGGGACUGUGGCACUGCCCUCACCAGGCACAUCCCGGUGCCUUCGGUGUAGCCUGACCCACCAGCCCGAGGGUGGCUGGGGAGGUGACACAGCACUGCUGCCAAUCAAUGGUAGUGCCAUUCCUGUUGGUGUCCAGCUGUUUGGAGCCAGUGCCAGGGCAUCGCCGCAGUGACUGUCAGGGGAUUUCUCUGGAAUUUCAUUGGCAAGUUAAAAAGGGGGAUACAUUUCAGAUUUGUGUUUGGAAUGGUUACACGAGGGUGUUUUGGGUACUAGAUUUUACUGCUGGACGAGUAAAAAAAGUAAAUGCCGUAACUAUGUGAUUUUUUAUGUCACAAGGCCAGGUUGGGCAGGGCUUGGAGCAACCUGGGCUAGCAGAAAGUGUCCCUGCCCGUGGCAGGGGGUGGGACUGGAUGAGCUUUCCAACCCUUUCUGUGAUAAGGCAGAGUAUUACAAAUAUCUUGUAUUUUCAAGAAGGAAGAAUUGGGAAAGUGCUUGGUAUUAUUGGAGUUGAAAGUUUUCCCGUUGCAGAAGGCUGGAAAAACUGGUGGCACCUUUCAGUAAUAACAAAAGCCCUUUCUGUUCACGGGGUGAAAUCCUGGCUCCCUUGAGGUAAAUGGCAAAAUUUCCAUCAGGUUCCACUGAAGUUCAGGAUUUUGAUCUCUGCCUCUUCAAGUGGGACAAGGCAUUAGUCAGUGUUAUAUUUCCUCUGGGAAGGACUUUUGGGAAGUACAGCACUGGAAUAAACCUUUGCAGUUUAUGUGUCAGUAUCUGCUGGGUGCUUAUUUUAAGGAUGGUGGUGUUAUGUAUCCCAAAAUAGUUUGGAGAGAUGUUUUACCUCUGCUAGAAGUAGCUGUGCAAUACCUGUGUUAUGUGAGGAUAAAGAUGAAUGUUGCAAUAUUCUAGGACAGGAGUAAUGCAGUCACCUCUGGAAUUCCCCAGCUGGUGAGCUGUUAGGCAUGGAGUUGUGUUCCUUGUUGCUCCUUUGUCCAUGGUUUUUAUAAACUGGGACAGGCAGAACUGACAGCUGUUAACAUUUUUAAAACCACGUGCCAUCCAACUACAAGUUUUGGAGAUUUUUUUUUUAAGAAAUCUUAACAUCAGUUUGAUUUAAUCUGUCUGCUUAGAAACUUUCUCUGUUGGUCUACACAGCAAGCAGAUAACUGGAAAGGAAUUGUGUUUUAUUUUUGUGCUGUGUUACAUGUUGUGGGAAUUCCCUGUGAGACACGAAUGACUCGGGACAUUUAAAUUCCUGAGGGUUCCGGCUCUGGGUCGCCAAAUCUCUGCCAAACAAGCAAUCACCUUUCACCUUCGGCAGAGCCUCAGCGUCUCCGAAACAACCCUGCCACAGACAUUUGGUGCCUCCUUAUAGGAAAACUGCCACAUCUUUAGGAAAAUGCCAGCGAUGGGAAGGUGAUUUGUUACUUUGGAAACAAGGAACAAAAGAACAUCCACGGUAACUGCUGCGUGAGAGUUGUUGGUUCGGGCUUUUUGUUAACUGAACUACUUUGGAGGUUUUCCUGGAACACUGUUCUUUGUUUAGCACUGAAUUUGAAUUAGUUUUGAAUAAUUCGAACCAGCUUUCUUGCAAUAAAAACGAUGUGAACAACUUUCUAAUACAAA